AUGAACGGAUGUCCUCGACCAGCGCCGUCUCUUGGAACUAUAACAACUGGUGCCGUGACCAUGAUCCGGAUGAAGGUCCCACGUCCAGGAGCCUUCGAAGGUGGAGGUCCGUGGACGUUUUUGCAAGAUUUCGAGGACGUCGCGGAGAGGCCCUUAGAAGAUGCAGUGGGCCGCCACGAAGAACGCCCUAGUCGCGGGUUUCGACACCCCGGCCGACCGCCAGAAGGCGUGCGGAGCUUCAGGACGACGCAGCUUGGAGUUGGUAUGGACUCCCUGUAG